UCCACUUGGAGGAAACAAAGUAAUAAAGCUUUUGCUAUUCUUGUGUAGCAGAGAUACAGCUAAGAUUUUUCCAAUAAUUUAAAGGGAAAGUGAGCAUUCAUCGGAGGUGGUUGGGUGUGGACCAUAUCUGAGUUCCAUAGAAUGAAAGAUAACUCAUUGUUAUUGAGAAGCAAAUCCUAAUGCUGAUUACCUUAGAAAUUCAGUUGCUAAGUAUGAGACCUCGGAUCUUGUCCAAGCUUUGUCACCACUAGUCAACAUGGAGCUAGAAGUUGAUGCUGUAAAUUGUCCAAGAUUAUGUCUCAAAGAAGUAGUUUGAUUUUCUUUCUUUUUAGUGGAGAAUCUCUUUGGUUAGUCUAGCCAACUGAUGGCAGUGCCGAAGUUGUUGAAAAGAAAGAUAGAUCAAAGGUCAAGCAAUGGCGGAUGUUACGAAAACCAAAAGGGAACACAAGUGCCAUGAAGAUCCCCAUAUUUUCGCUUCAGUUGAUGAUAAUACUGUAAGAGAAGACAAGAGCAGGAGAGGAGAUGAAGUUAUUAGUGUAUUGGUGCUGGAAUCCAUCGAGAAAGAUCGUAAAAAGGUUUGUCCCUUGUCAUUCAAUUGCAACAUUUACCGAGUUCCCAAUCCAUAGUUUAAAAGAAAACCAGAAGCCUACAUUCCUCGUAUGGCCUCCAUUGGCCCUUUCCACCGCGACAAGGAACACUUAAAACCCAUGGAACCACAUAAGUUGAGAUAUUUGAAUGAUUUUCUAACCCGAAGCCAAUUUCAGGCAACCUUGGAGAAUUAUGUUAAUGUUAUUACAGAAUUGGAAGACAAAGCUAGGCAAUGUUACUCGGAAAUUAUCCAAGAAUCUAAAGAAGAGUUUGUGAAAAUGAUGGUAAUUGAUGGUUGCUUCAUACUUGAGCUCAUCCUUAAGAUUACUAACGAUGAUCCAGAUAUGAUAAUGAAUACCCCAUGGAUGUUUUAUUUUAUAAAGUACGACCUGAUUCUACUAGAAAAUCAACUUCCUUUCUUUGUUCUUGAGCGUCUCUAUGAACUAUUCACAGGGAAUUCUAAUUCUAAUGGACUUGAUGCACUCAUCUUCAAUUUCUUUCAAAUUCUAGUGCCACAGUCCCACAGCAUUACCCCUGAAAGUAAUCAAUUUCGAUGCUUAGAGGUAGUCGAAUCGUUUCCCAAGGCGGCAGUGGCCUCCACAAUCAGACCUCACCAUUUGCUUCAUUUUGUACGAGAUUUGUUCCUCCAAACAUCCUCAGGGCGGUGGAGGCCACGGGAUCCUGGACCAAUCAUGUCCAUCCAUUGUGCAAUAGAGCUUGAGGAGGCCUGUGUCAAGUUUGAGAAGGAGGUGAAGAAGAAGACAUGUUUGUUGGACAUAACAUUUCAAAAGAGUGUUGGAAAUUCCAACCAUUACAAUUCAGGAUGGGACUGAGUCUCUACUUCGAAACCUCAUUGCUUUUGAACAGUCUAGUUCUGUGUACAAGAACUACAUCACAGAUUAUGCUUUGUUCAUGGAUGACCUUAUCAACUCUGCCACGGAUGUUGAGUUGCUUCAGAAAAAGGGAAUUAUUAAGAACUGGCUUGGUGAACCAAAAGAUGUGGCUGCCUUAUUUAAUGGUCUUCUCAAAGAUGUCACUACAGGGAGAGAUUACUUCUACAAUGUUCGCCAUGAAUUGGAGAAAUAUUAUGAGACUCCAUGGCACAAAUGGAAGGCAAGUUUGAUGCAAAAGUAUUUCAAUUCUCCAUGGGCAUCCAUUUCUCUCAUUGCUGCAUCAAUUCUUCUCUUCUUGACUGUCAUACAGACCGUUUGUUCCAUCCUACAAGUCACAUGAAGUUUGUGAUCCCAUGAAUCCCUUGAUAUGUUUAAUAUUUAGUAUGAGUAAUCAUAUUGUAUGUCAUAUUGUGUAUAUUUAAGAAUUUGAUUCCAAAAAAUAAAUAUGAGUAUUCAUAAUAUGUGUGUGCCGAAUGGGAGUCGUAAGGGUAUUAAUCGGUUCGGUUUCGGUGUAUACGGUACAGUUCGA